AUGGCAGAUCCUGCGACCGUGAUACCGGCCACGGAGGUGGUGCCGGUGGAGUCAAAGAAGGACGUGUUCAAGAACAAGAAACAAAUAUGGGACCCAAGCAAAGAAUAUCAGCGGGCCAUCUUUGGCGGCCACCUACUCGGGCAAUCGGUGCGCGCUGCAGAACAGACUGUCCCCGACGUUUACGACGUACACUCUCUGCAGUCGACCUUCCUCAAGGCCGGAGACGCCAGUAUUGAUGUCUUUUAUCACGUGGAUCGCGUACUCGACGGUCGCACACUGUCAUCGCGCCUCGUGCGCGCAAUGCAGGGCGAUGUGGUCAUAUACGUUGCCACCAUUGGGUUUCAGCGGAGAGCAGCUCAGCCCGCGCCCACGGGAGGCGCACUCAGCUACCAUGAGCCGGCUCCGGCGUGGGUCAAGUCGGUCGAUCCAGAGGACAAGAACCUUAUAUCCUCUAGGGAUAUGCUCGGCAUUACUGGGUUUCCGCAAUACCUCAUUGACGGCUUCCACCAUCCCUUUGAAUGGAAGUAUCUGCCACUCGAGCCUGCGGAGCCGACAGAGUUCCGCAGCCGCAGCAUAUUUCGCUCGUUUCCGCUCAACACCGCUGAACGGCAAGCUCACCUGGCGGCCAUGGCCUGGACCUCUGAUGUGUUUCUCAUUUACACCGCCAACCUGGCCAACCCAGCGAAAUUCCCUGUGGGAAUGGGCAACGUCACGAUCGAGACCAGUGUCAAUCACUCUGUGUGGUUCCACUCGCCAUCCACACGGAUUGAUGAGUGGGUGGCGUGCGAGCGACGGACAUCCUGGGGCGCCGAUGGCAGGGUGUUGAUCUAUCAGACGUGGUGGAGUAAAGAAGACGGCAGACUGAUUCUAUCUUGCGUUCAAGAGGCGUUGCUGCGAUUAAAGACGGCCAACCUAUAG